GAGUCCAACUUUGCAUGAGGAAGUGAUGUUCAAGUAGUAUUUCCUUGAAGCUCUAACUGAAUGUUCUGCACGUGCUAUUUCCCAGUCUGUGGCGGUCAGUGGCCGAUGUGGUAGUGUUUGUCAACAAUAUGGACACAAACCGGCUCUUCGCAGAGUCUUUCUGGGACUCAGAUCUCACGGGAACCUCGGGGUUUGAUGCUUUAGAACGGAGACUCAAAGAUGGAAGGAAACUCUGUAAGGAUCUGGAGGAGUACUACCGUCAAAGGAGUAAGAUUGAGCUACAGUACGUGAAAGACCUACAGAAGCUGACAAGGAACAUGGACCAUAAAGAAGAAAUCGGGGUGUUAGAGGAGUCAUGGAACGCACUGAAAACACAAACAGAAAUCUUAUGUCACCACCACGACACCGCUUCUGGCCAUUUCUCUUCCCUGAUGACGGAUCUGGAGAGGCUGAACGAUGAGCUGAAAAUACGUGGCAAACAGGUUCAUGACAGAACGGCGAAGUCCCAUAACUAUGCAAAAACGUGUUUUACAAAACACAAUCAACUCCAAAAAUCAUACGAACAAAAGUGCACGGAGUACAGUACCAUUCAAAACGAUGGUAAAUUCAAUGACAGUGUCGACCAAAAAACCGCCCAAAAGCAAAAAUCAAAGGAACAGAAAGCAAAAGACGAAAUGGUAAAAGCGGAUUGUCUAUAUCGGUCAUCGGUAGAUUCACUUAAAAGCGCUCAGAAGAUUUGGGAGGAAGACAUGGUAAAUGCUUGUAAGGUACAUCGGGAACUUGACGCCGAGAGAAUUGAGGUAAUCCGUGACGUCAUGUGGAAAGGGACGAACGUCGACUCUCAAAUGUGCGUGGACCACGACAUGUGCUCUGAAUAUAUCCGGAAUCAUUUGGAGAAGUGUAGCAUUGAGAAGGAGAUGAUUGCUUUCGUAGAGCGGGCACGGGUAGGACACAGACGACCAGCUUAUACAGAAUACCAUAAUUAUUUCAAGCGGAUCAGCCAGGGCCCUUAUCAGAAUCCGUUACCACAAGUUCCGCGAAGAAUGUCUCAUUCAUCGAAUCAAAACGAGGAAUCCCUCUAUCAAAUCGUAGCAUGACGUCAUAAAAUGACAGGAAACCAUUUUGUGAUGAAUUAUGACGUCAUGUUAUAAUGUGACGUAGUCCGACAAGUGUUAAAGGAAUUUGGUGAUCGAGAUAGGAAUGUUUUUUAUGAUCUGUUGAUAGUUUUAUUGUUGGUUCCAAUAUCAUGGACGGAUUGAAGAUAUAUAUAUAUAUACAUCUAUUUACAUUUUAAAAUGAAUGGUUACUAUUGAUAUCAUUUUAAGUAUUUUUGAAUAUUUUAUGUUUGUGUAUCCUUCCUAACUCGUCCUCAUAGGAGCUAAACCUCCGAUAACUUCGUGUUUAUAAGGCGGAGAUAGACAGAUUAAAAUGACACUGAUCCAACUGUGUUAAUAUACAUAAUCUUAUAAAAAUCAGACAGAUUGGUCGCUAUACAUGCAUUUGUUAACCGUGUGAAAACCAGACCAAUAGGUCUCUAUAUUUGUAAAUCAAAAUCCUAUAAAAACAAGACGGAUUAGUCGCUAUAUUUGUAAAUCUUAUACAAGAUAUCCCAGAGGGAUUCAGACUGGUCCUCUCUCUGCUUUUCCUUUUAAUGAUCUGAUAACAAGAGCAAGUGGGACCUACAUGUGAAGUUUGAGAAACAUCCCUUCAGUUCUUUUCAAGAAAUAACUAGGGACCAAGGGAAACAUACACAUGAAGUUUAAGGAACAUUCUUCAGCACUUUUGAAGAAAUAGUGAUAAGAAGGAUUAUUUACAGACAAAGAUGGAGGCAGUGAUCCAAAAACUAGGCACAGGUGCAUCAGUUCACAAGUACAUUCACAGUUUUGUCGUACCCCUGUGUCGUAAACAGUAGGAAUUCUGACACAGAUGGACAAAAUAAAAUCGUGAUAUUAAAGUGUAUAAAUAAUGUUUGGUGGUGUAGAAAUCCACAAUGUGCUCCCCAAUAAUGUCUUGGUCAUGUUUCAAGAAAUUCUUAGUAUGAAAGCUGAAAUAUAAUGAUAAUGACAAAAUUGUGAAGUUUAGAUUUUUUAUUAAUAAACUCAGCGAUGAAAUACAGGAAGGGCAGUUAAACAACAAACUAGAGCAGGGUUACAUGGAUAGAAUGACUGGAAUUCCAUACAAAGUGAUGACGUAUUGAGUAACAGACAAACUCCUGUUACCAAUGUAGAUACCAAUGGACAAAUAAUUCUUGUCUUGCAAGACAUAGAACAAAGAUUUUCAACAAUAUGAAACAGUUGAUAUCCUAACUUGCAGGCAAAUCAAUUCACAAUUCUUGGAUGGGUACAUGCAUUACUUCUACAAAGAGAAAAAUGAGCUUUAUCAAGUUAACUAUCCCACAAUCUGACUGAAGCCUUGUAAUAAAAUGACUUCCCUGCUAACAAUCUUUACUUUGGCGGUUACAUUUAAUUCGCAAACAACAGUGGACGUAAUAAAAUGAAAAUUUUGCCAAUGUCUGAGCAAGGUAUACAAUUGUUUGAUAAUACAAAAUAGUUUAUUCACAUCAAUACUUAACAUGGUCAAACUCUCAUAAUUUAUUCCACAAACUCCUAAAUUUGUGAUGUUCAAAUUUCACGUAUCAAAGUUAUACAUAUUUAAUUGUCUUACUCAGAAAAGUAACAGAUUUUCGUUAUCAAGUGAACAUUGCUGUAGGUUGCGGAUAUUGGCAGCAUUGUUUGAUGCGAAAAAAUUUGAAUGUCAAUCUAGAUGUAAGGAUGAAUCACUGAAUGGUCAAUUCAAAAGUUUGAGAAAAUAGAAUUAUUCCUUAUUGAGCAACAGACGAACUCCUGUUGUUCAUUCAGAACUGUGUUUACAUAUAAGUUUGAAUAUGUUAAGUAGACAUAGAAAUAGCAUGACCUUACUCAUCAUAACUAUGUCAUUAUUUGACAACAUACGUAAUUAUUUGACAUACAUCAUUACUCGACAUACGCCAUUAUUUGACAUACGUCAUUAUUUGAUAUACGUCAUUAUACAACAUGACAUUGCUCAACAUACGUCAUAUUAACUUGUCCUUACUUAACAUAUGUCAUUAUGACAUACAUCAUAUUAACAUGUCAUUACUCGACAUAUGUUAUUAUUUGACAUACAUCACAUUUACAUGUCAUUUCCAACUUGUAGUGCUUGUUCUGAAUGCUGGAGUAAAAACUAACAACAAUAACAACAUAAAAACCAGUGCUGUUAAACCAAAGUUUACAGAUAUUGAUAUAACAAUUAAAUUAC